CAGCUGGAAGAGCUGACGUUGGAUAGGUGCGUGCACAUCACCGAUAUCGGUGUCGGCUACAUCUCAACAAUGCUCUCACUAACCGCACUCUUUCUGCGCUGGUGCUCACAAGUACGCGACUUUGGUCUACAACACCUAUGCUCAAUGCGUAAUCUACAAGUACUCUCACUAGCCGGCUGUCCACUACUCACCUCCUCAGGCCUGUCAAGUCUCAUACAAUUGCGUCAUUUGCAAGAACUCGAAUUGACCAAUUGUCCGGGAGCAUCACAUGAAUUGUUCGAUUACUUGAAAGAGCAUUUGCCACGCUGCUUAAUCAUUGAAUAAUACGCUUGCGGAACUACAACGAAGCUGCAAGCUAUACAGAGUUUUGUGAAGGGAAAGGCAAAAAUUGGAAGACGAACUGUACUCCAACUUAAAUGGAUGCUAAUGAAAAUGAUGAAAAUGAUACUUGUGAUGUUGAUGCUAUUGCCAAUGGAAACUAGCA